UGCACCACUUUCUGUGUAACUAGCGGGAUUGGAAUCUUUGUCUCUCUUCGAUUAGACUGAAUAUUAAAACAACCUUUUGACAAUCUUCUUAACGAAGCCACUGUAGGGUCUUAUAUCUAGGCAUAAAUCCAAGCUUCAUAUCUCCACGGCACGUGUAGGAGGAAUCGAAGAUCGGCAAAUUUGACCAAUCUCUCCGAAAGUUCUUCCUGUCAUGUCGACCUAUGGCGCGCAUACCAAUGCACGAUACGUUCACCAUGAGAACGCUCCUUCAAAUGAACUACCAGGUCCAAAUUAUACACGAAACGAAUUCGAUUCUCCCUAUAUGUCUCCGGCAGCUAAUCAAUACCAGACUUGGACACCCGCGUUAGCACCUAUUGUGGGAUCACCAUCUGUCCCGGCUGCUACGGAGGUUUCGGAACAGGAUUUUGAUGAGAUGUAUGAACAAGAGGAGCGAGAACAGGAGAGGGAGCAGGACCCUCCAAACGUCAAUCGGGAUACAAUUCGAAGGCAGCAAAGACGGACGGGAGAUAUUGAGCAGGUUGCCAUGCCAGAACCCGCACCUGCGCGAAGUAGACUCGGAAAUUUUGUAGGAGGGUUCAUGGCUACCCUAAGACACAUCCCGAACGCCAUGGUCAAGAAUAAUCCUCGAAAUGCUAUUCCCGCCGAGUAUAUCGGACCUGGUGGAGAGGGCUCCAUGGUCAACUCCCCGCGAGUAUCAUAUUAUUCGUCUUCUCCUAAUCCUCGCAACUCUAGGAUAUUAUCACAGGGUGGUGAAACAUACACGCCAUAUACGCAUACCACCAACAUGCCGGUAGAGGAAGUUCCCGAACCACUUGAUGAAGAUCCUCGCACGACUUCAUCCACUGCCCCGGCUUCGAAUGCCCAGGAGCUCUACGACGAUGGCACUACUGCUGUGCAUCAUGAUGCACCUGUAGAUUCUUCUGUCAUAAGCAGCCCUGCUCAAAUUGGCAGAGAAGAGAUAUCCGACUACGAGAAAACGCGUACACCCUACCCAUUCACCAACCCCGAAGAUAAAUCACUAACAAGUUAUGUCGACCGCAUUCAUCGCUUUUUUACUGACAUAAGGGACCUUCCUUGGAUGACUCCACAAAUUGCCAACGAAUAUGUCCCUGCAAUUGAUUCCAGUAGAGGUCGGAAACGCACAUCGGACCAACCGGUUUCCUGGUACAAGCCUAGGCCUAAGAAGGAGAAGCAGGACAGUGACUCGACAAGUACACUACCUGUUCCUUCACCGCCUCAGAUCAUGAUCCAAACCAUUCCUCCCACACCCACCUAUUCCGCCGCGACAUCCUUCUACAAUCGAUCCACUGUCGCGCCUUCCGAUCCUCGACUCACACUCACCGCUUCUCAAUAUACUUUCCGUUCAAAUUCUCGUGCAGCUUCUGAAGGUGGAGCCACUGCUAUCAGACCGCUGCGAACACCUGGCACUGGCACCAGCGUGGGUGGACUGCCCUCGCCUGGAGCGUCGUCACAUGGCAUGGGCAAUCAUUCCAUUUCAUAUAGUUAUCAUUAUACGUCGCCUCCUGCUACGCAUGGAAUGAGAGGAUAUCCAUCUGCGUUCUCUGCGGUAUCCAGUCCUCAGACGAGGUUAGAAUCCGAGGGUUACUUCAGUCCGUCUGUGCGGUAGCUCUGCAGAAUUUAGAUCUUCUUAUGUCGUUUUGGAAUCUUGCUCUAUAUCACACUAGCCAUCUUUACCACAUUUCAUGUUAGAAACUAUCUAUGCCAUUUCUGGGACGUUAUUUGUUUAUCGACAUAUCCUGCUUCCAUUCUACUAUGCGUCUCUUGUAUCUUUUAGAUCAAUUUUCCGUGUACUACAUUCCUUACGGUAAUUCACGAAUCGUCACGAAUAGAUACACUAUGUCAUACAGAACGCCAAGCGUCGUCGUAUCACAAUACUAGUUGCAUACCAUAUCAUCCU